AUGACUCAAGCAAAGGAAGGAGGUAAGAUUAGGCUGUCUGGAUUCAACGGCAGUGGUUCCAGAAUAAAGGAAUAUCGCAAUGGGUAACACCGACUCCAAACUGAACUUCAGGAAGGCAGUUAUACAGCUGACAACCAAAACACAGCCAGUGGAGGCCACAGACGAUGCCUUCUGGGACCAGUUCUGGGCAGAUACUGCCACCACUGUGCAGGAUGUGUUCGCCCUGGUGCCAGCUGCAGAGAUCCGAGCGGUUCGAGAGGAGUCCCCCUCCAAUCUGGCAACCCUGUGCUACAAGGCUGUGGAGAAGCUGGUGCAGGGGGCUGAGUCCGGCUGCCCCUCUGAGAGAGAGAAGCAGGUGGUUCUGAACUGUAGUCGCAUGCUCACCCGCAUCCUGCCCUACAUCUUUGAGGACCAGGACUGGCGGGGCUUCUUCUGGUCCACUGUGCCCGGUGCGGGGCGGGCUGGGACAGAUGAGAUGGACGACGACGACAGUGCUCGCCCUCUGGCUGAGUCCCUGCUGCUGGCCAUCGCUGACCUGCUCUUCUGUCCCGACUUCACAGUGCACAGCCACAGGAGAGGCCCUGACUCGGUGGAGGACAUGCAGUCCAUAGACAGCUGUGAGUACAUCUGGGAGGCGGGGGUGGGCUUUGCUCAGUCCCCCCCCCUCAACUACAUCCACGACCUCAACAGAUCGGAGCUGUUGAGGCUCCUGCUAACCUGCUUCUCAGAAGCCAUGUAUCUUCCUCCCUCCUCAGACAACAACAUCCUCAAUCCCUGGGUGACCUUCUUCUGCUCCACAGAAAACAGACAUGCUCUGCCUCUGUUCACUUCUCUGGUGAACGUGGUGUGUGCCUAUGACCCAGUGGGUUAUGGCAUCCCUUACAACCACCUGCUGUUCUCUGACUACCGGGAGCAGCUGGUGGAGCAAGCUGUGCAGAUCCUCAUUGUUACCCUGGAACACGAGGGAGGGGUGUCCCACCGCCCGGCCUCACCCUCCAGCAUGGACGACCAGGAGUCUGUCGGCCCAGACAACCUGUUUGUAAAUUACCUGUCCAGAAUCCACAGGGAAGAGGACUAUGACUUUGUACUGAAGGGCCUGGCUCGCCUGCUGACCAACCCCUUGACUCAGACCUACCUGCCCAACUCCACCAAGAAGAUCCAGUUCCACCAGGAGCUUCUUGUACUCUUCUGGAAGCUGUGUGACUUCAAUAAGAAGUUCCUGUUCUUUGUGCUAAAGAGCAGUGAUGUUCUUGACAUCCUGGUGCCCAUCCUUUUCUACCUGAACGAUUCCAGAGCGGACCAGUCCCGUGUUGGCCUCAUGCACAUUGGAGUGUUCAUCCUGCUGUUGUUGAGUGGGGAGAGGAACUUUGGCGUGCGUCUGAACAAGCCCUACUCCGUCCACGUUCCCAUGGACAUCCCCGUGUUCACGGGCACCCACGCCGACCUGCUCAUUGUGGUGUUCCACAAGAUCAUCACCAGUGGCCACCAGCGUCUUCAGCCUCUGUUUGACUGUCUUCUCACCAUUAUUGUGAAUGUGUCCCCCUAUCUGAAGAGCUUGUCCAUGGUGGCAGCCAAUAAGCUGCUCCAUCUCCUGGAGGCCUUUUCCACCAAUUGGUUCCUCUUCUCUGCCUCCCAGAACCACCACCUGGUCUUUUUCCUGCUUGAGGCCUUCAACAACAUCAUCCAGUACCAGUUUGACGGUAACUGUAACUUGGUGUACGCCAUCAUCCGGAAGCGUAAUGUGUUCCACCAGCUGGUUAACCUGCCGUCGGACCCGGGCUCCAUCCAGAAGGCUUUGCAGAGGAAGAGGAAGUCUCCGGAUGCCAUCUCUCGCACCAGCUCCCAGGAGACCGUCUCCAUGGAGGGCUCUCGCCCUGCCGUCCCUGCUGAGCCUGGCACCCUGAAGACCAGCCUGGUCGCUAUGCCAGCUAUAGAUAAGCUGACAGAGCAGUCUCAGGUGUCAGAGGACGGGACCAUGGUGACGGUGCCAAAGAAAGAUUCUCCACCUGCCCCUCGUCCGGACCACACUGCUGUCACUGGGACCAGCGACACCGAGUCCAACUCGGGAAGAGACACUGAGGAUGUGUUCUACACCGAGGCAGAGAUGGAGCGACGCCGUGUGUCCAGUGCCUCCUCUGUUUCGUACUGGGCCGCUACACCAGACUGGGUUCUCUCCUGGAAGUGCAAGCUCCCGCUGCAAACCAUCAUGCGACUGCUGCAAGUCCUCGUCCCCCAGGUGGAAAAGAUCUGCAUUGACAAGGGCCUGACAGAUGAGUCUGAGAUCCUGAAGUUCCUCCAGCAUGGUACUUUGGUGGGCCUGCUGCCAGUCCCUCACCCCAUCCUCAUCAGGAAGUACCAGGCCAAUGCGGGAACGGCCAUGUGGUUCCGCACAUACAUGUGGGGUGUCGUCUACCUGCGCAAUGUGGAUCCUCCCAUUUGGUACGACACCGAUGUCCGUCUCUUUGAGAUUCAGAGGAUGUAGACAGGAAAGUUGUUUACUAAGGAUAAAUGGGACUGCGCGGUUACUCUGUGACCUGUGGCCAGUUAUGCCUGCCAGCAUGCUGGUACCCUUACUGUGUUCAGUUCGCUUCAUCAUUAGCCUUCCCUCUUAUACCUCACCCACUGGCUCUGGACUGAUAGUGUGUUACUGUAAGUGGAUCAGAGAGGAGAGGGGCCGCGGUUAUCCCCACACAAGGAGGAGAGUUGGAUGAAGUUGGAGAAAAAUCUAAAACAGGGCUGCCCAACCCUCUUCCUGAAGAACUAACGUUCUCUCGCAUAUAAUGAUUCCAAUCUUCGUCAAGCUGCAUACCCGCUGGGUUGGAAUAAAAACAUACGGUAGGGUAGAUCUCCAGGAGCAGGGUUGCUACUGUACACUGUCAAGUUAGCUCACUUUCAGACCUCAAGACCAUAGAAUGUCUGUCUACUGACUGGAGUGAUACUGAUGCAUUUCCCCACCUUUCAUGACAUGGAUUCUAUGCUCAAAUGUUUUUGUAGGGUUUAUGUGCCUGUUAAUUUAGUGAGGAUCACACAAAACAUUGCUGUCAUGAAGAGUCGAGGAUGUCAGGUUUUCAUUUCCAAAUGUUAUACUUGUGAACUUUCUUACAUGUUGUUGCUUUUCAGGAUUUUAAAUAGACAUUACUCAUUUAAUACCUGGCAUGAUAAUUAUUCCCAUUAAGGGGAAUUGUGAGCUUGUGUGGGUCUCUCUGUCUACAAGUGUUAAUCAGUUGAAGGGACAGACCAAAUGACAGCUAUACUUAAACUGUGUUGUUACUUCAUAGUCCAGGGCAUUGACUAUCAUGUAUAUUGUUAUAUUUUGUCUCAGUUGUGCUAUUCACUGAGUUGACUGUAUAUAGUGCUUGAUGUUUAAAA